CCAGGGGAGUUGUCAUGGCGGCCGUCCACGGUGUCUCCCGGCUCUUGGCAGGGCUUUUAAGUCCUAGCGCCCGGUGGGCGUCCCGAGUGCCCGGUCGCUUGUACUCGGUUAGCCACUUGUCAGUGCCGGAGAGAAUAGAGAAGAAGCGGAACGAAGCGCUGCAGGGCGGAGGACUGCAGAGGAUAGAGGCGCAGCACAAGAGGGGGAAGCUGACGGCGCGGGAGAGGAUCAGUCUUCUGCUGGACCCCGGCAGCUUUGCAGAAUAUGACAUGUUUGUGGAGCACAGGUGUGCGGAUUUCGGAAUGCAGGAGGACAGGAACAAGUAUCCAGGAGACAGUGUGGUCACCGGACAGGGCCGCAUUAAUGGGAGACUGGUAUACGUAUUUAGUCAGGACUUCACUGUGUUUGGUGGCAGCUUAUCUGGAGCCCAUGCCCAAAAAAUCUGCAAGAUCAUGGAUCAAGCUGUUCUGGUGGGAGCCCCCGUGAUUGGACUAAAUGACUCUGGAGGUGCUCGCAUCCAGGAGGGCGUAGAGUCCUUGGCUGGCUAUGCAGAUAUCUUCUUGAGGAACGUAUUGAGUUCGGGAGUUGUGCCUCAGAUCUCCCUCAUCAUGGGACCUUGUGCUGGGGGUGCAGUUUACUCUCCAGCUCUAACGGACUUCACAUUCAUGGUUAAGGACACGUCUUACUUGUUCAUUACUGGUCCAGAUGUAGUAAAAUCUGUCACCAAUGAAGAUGUGACACAAGAGGAUCUAGGAGGAGCCAAAACCCACACUGCACUAUCAGGGGUGGCUCAUCGAGCUUUUGAGAAUGAUAUUGAUGCGUUAUUAAACCUGCGUGAAUUUUUUAACUACCUACCACUGAGCAACAAGGAUCCUGCACCGAUCCGAGAAUGCCAUGACCCAAGUGACCGCAUCGUCCCCGGAUUAGAUACUAUUGUUCCCAUGGAGACCACUAAAGCCUAUGACAUGUUGGACAUCAUUCAUUCGAUUGUUGAUGAGCGAGAUUUCUUUGAGAUUAUGCCCAGCUAUGCCAAAAAUAUAGUGGUGGGCUUUGCCAGAAUGAAUGGGAGGACGGUUGGCAUUGUUGGAAACCAGCCAAAAGUUGCAUCAGGCUGCUUGGACAUAAAUUCGUCAGUAAAAGGUGCUCGCUUUGUCCGGUUUUGUGAUGCCUUUCAUAUUCCCAUCAUCACUUUUGUAGAUGUUCCAGGAUUUUUGCCAGGCACUGCUCAGGAAUAUGGAGGUAUAAUCCGACAUGGGGCAAAACUUCUGUUUGCCUUUGCAGAGGCUACUGUACCCAAGAUUACAGUUAUUACCAGAAAGGCUUAUGGUGGGGCGUAUGAUGUUAUGAGCUCAAAGCAUCUUCGCGGUGACGUUAACUAUGCCUGGCCUACAGCAGAAGUUGCUGUCAUGGGAGCCAAGGGAGCUGUUCAAAUCAUAUUUAGAGGAAAGCAGAAUCAGGCUGAAGCAGAGGCAGAAUACGUGGAUAAGUUUGCUAACCCUUUCCCUGCAGCAGUUCGAGGAUUUGUCGAUGACAUCAUUCAGCCAUCAACUACUCGAAUGCGCCUUUGUCGUGACCUGGAAGUUCUCGCAAGCAAGCAUCAAGUGAAUCCAUGGAAGAAACAUGCAAAUAUUCCUCUAUGAGGCAGCCCUUAAUCACAAUGCUAUACAUUCCUAUCUGGAAACUACAAGCUCAACAUACAGCGACGUUGGUUUGUGUCAAACUGGGUGACAAACACUAGAACCUGGGGCCAUGGCGCUCCAGCUCUUACUGACCUACUGCGAAGAAUUAUGAUCAGUAAUAAAUCAUUCGAACUGUG